AUGGCUGCACUACAUUCCUUCGCUGCAGAAGCUUUUACACUUCUUGCACUUGGCAUCGUCGUCAUCGGUUUCCGAACAUACGCUCGCGCUAAGCAGGAGGGCAUACGGAACUUAAAGAUGGACGACUAUCUUAUGCUACUCGUCAUUAUACCGUACACGACGGAGAUAGUGCUCGCAUACACGGUUGGGGCACGAUUCUACGGUCUCGCCAACAACGCGAUGACUGAUGAACAACGCGCCGCGUUAUCACCUGGCAGUGAAGAAUAUAAGUGGAGGCAUAAAUCAUCAAGAGUCAAUGGAUCAAAAAUCCAGAUUGCAGGCUGGGCCGUGUAUGCGUCUGUUCUCUGGCUUAUCAAGAGUGCCAUGUGUGCAUUCUAUAUUCGACUGACGAAUGGCCUGAGGGCGUACCGGACUCGCAUUAACGUAGGGUUUGUCCUCAUCGCCGUUACGUACAUUGCCAUCAUGGCUUCCAUUUUCUUCGGAUGCCAGCCAUUCCACAACCUUUGGCAAAUAGAUCCGGACCCUGGAAACCUCUGCCAGCCUGCCUCCUCAAAGUUGCUCAUCUUUCUCGUCGUCACUCUCAAUAUUGUCACAGACAUCUACCUCAUGGCCAUUCCUAUUCCAGUUCUUUGGAAAGCAAAAGUCCCAAAAUUCAAGAAACUCAUGCUUGUGCUUCUUUUCUCGGGCGGCGUCUUUGUCAUGGUCGCUGGUAUUCUCCGAUGUGUUCUCAUUCUCAAGAAUCCUACUACCGGUCCUCAACAAGCGGCAUCCUGGGCAGUGCGUGAGUCUUUCGUGGCAGUUGUCACCUCUAGUAUCCCCAUGGUAUGGGGUUGGAUACGGCCGAAGCUGCGGCCGCUUUAUCCCUCAUUUCUCACGUCCAUAAGACACAAGGACAAAGAUGCCCAGGAUGGUAAUGACGUUGCAUCGGGUGACUUCCGAGAACGGGCAUUUCUUGAAAAUCAACCUCGUUUGCCGAUGAGUGCAGCUACUCGUCAGAAUAUCACGAGAAGCGGGAACUGGACAUCUGUGUGCGCAGAGAAACGCCCGACUCUCAAAUCCGUACAGUGUAAGACCGUAAUCACAAAAAAAGUCGACAUAGAGGUGUCUAGGUCUGUGGCAGCGAUGUAG